CUUCCAGAAUCAAACAGUUUUUGCAAUUAAAGCUCCAGAAAAUACUUAUAUUGAAGUUCCUGAUCCUGAUGAGGAUAUUGGUUUUCCACAAAAACCAAUGCAAAGGCAGUAUAAAAUGAUUAUCAGAAGUCAUAUGGGACCAAUUGAUUUGUACCUCCUGAGCAAAUAUGAAGGUCAAGUUGAGGAUACAACUGUCAAGCAGGCCAAAUCAGUGGAUGCAUGUAGUAGUUAUGGGCUGUUGUGUGGAGUGGAACGUUCGGAGCUCUCUUCAGAAGAGAAAGCUAGUCAAAACAAUUCUUCUAAAACAGUGAAUUUGGUUUUCCCUGAAGCAUAUGGGAUUCAGAAAUUAAUUCCUACAGUCAGUGAAGCUGAUGAUGAUUACGGGUUCCUAUCAGACCCGGAAGUCAGCAUCACAGUCUUGUGGGACACGUAGGAGUUAGGAGCUUUUAAUUUUUCACAAUUUACUGAAUUUUUUUUACUGGAAUCUGGUUGGUGCAAUCAGAAUGGUUUGAAGGUCUAUCUGACAGGAAAACCAGUGGAUGCUAAUCUAUACUGCUCUCUAAUAUAACAGAAAAGGAGACUCGACUGCAGUAGGAGAUCGAUCACUCUCAAGAUGAAUGCACCAACAACGGUGCUGCAUUAGUUUACCUAUAAGCACCACUUUGGGAUGCUGUCCCAAAUGGAAAUGAGAGGCAGUUAGCUUACAUUGAACAUGACAUUACUGACAUUGUUUCUUGACCACAGUUUUAGGUGUAAAUUUCAUAGCUACAGCUUACUCCUUCAAUGAAACUGAUGAUUCUUGAGCCAAUGAGGUCUCAUGUAAUCUUCUGCUACAUCCAAGCGUAUACAGCCAGGAUCAAUUUCUUAAUGAAAUAGGAUAGAAUAUUUCUAUUUUUGGAAUAACAGUAUAUACUUUAUAUUA